UUUCACAGAAUUAACAGAAAAUAUUGCAUCUUUAUAAUAAACAAAAUAAAUACAUAACAAGACGUAACACAUUUUGUAAAUUAUGGCGAAAGUUUUACAAUUUGCUUUGGGUGGGCUCCGUAGGACUAAUCGGAAUUUUAUCACUUCCGCAACACGUCAAUAUGUUAAAGCUGCUUAUGAGGCUGAUGGCAAAACAAAAGUUUCCAUAUUUAAUACCGAACAGGACCACGGUCUUAUGAUCACCGGUUUCAGCCAAUAUGGCUUUCGGCUCAAUAACGACAUGGUAAUAAUGGGACCAAUGGCAAUAUUUCCUCGUUCUGUUCUUUCGUGGAAUGUCAGUUCUCUUGAGGACAUCAACGAAGACAGUUUGUCAUUUUUUUGCACUCUUGAACCUAAAAUUGAUAUACUCAUAGUUGGUAUUGGAGAUCAACCAGUUUCACAUGAUUUGUCAAAAAUUAUAAUUGAGUUUAUGAAAAAACAUAAAAUUAAUGUGGAAAUAUUGCGUACAGAACAGGCUUGCGCUACAUUCAACUUUUUGAAUGCGGAAAGUCGCAUGGUGGCUUCAGCACUCAUACCACCGUUACAUAUUAGCUAUAACGAAAACGAUAUUUUGCAAAGUAAAUUGCGGAAGAAGGAGCUUUAUGAAACAGAUUAAAAUUAUAUUGAAUUGGGAUAUUUCCCAGGGCUGUAUAUAAAUAUUUCAAUAGACUAGAAUAUGAGUAAAAACAAAAAUUAAUGCCGAAAUGUAUGACAGAAAAAAUUGUUAACAAUAAGUUGAUGUGUUAAAAGAACAUAAACGCUUUUUAAACAAAAAAAAAUAAUAAAAUAAAAAUAAGAGAAAAUAGUGGCUGAAUUUGCGCACUUAAAA